CAGACACACUCCUGCCGGUUGCGGGAAAACUCUUGACAGACAGACCACGCACCCCGCAGUCCCGCGCGUCGUGCCGCGGCCUCCGCUAACCCCUGCACUCCAGCCGCCUCUCCCGUGUUCUGGUCCCGCCUGGGCGCAAGCACCGCUGACCUGGGCACCCUGCAGGCUCCCCAUGGCUGACCUGAGCUUCAUCGAGGAUUCCGUGGCCUUCCCAGAAAAGGAGGAGGACGAAGAGGAAGAAGAGGAGGGAGUGGAAUGGGGCUAUGAGGAAGGUGUGGAGUGGGGCUUGGUGUUUCCUGAUGCUAAUGGAGAAUACCAGUCUCCUAUUAACCUGAAUUCCAGAGAAGCUAGGUAUGACCCCUCACUGCUGGAUGUCCGCCUCUCUCCAAAUUAUGUGGUGUGCAGAGACUGUGAAGUCACCAACGAUGGACACACCAUUCAGGUUAUCCUGAAGUCAAAAUCAGUUCUGUCGGGAGGACCAUUGCCUCAGGGGCAUGAAUUUGAGUUGUAUGAAGUUAGAUUUCACUGGGGAAGAGAAAACCAGCGCGGUUCUGAGCACACGGUUAAUUUCAAAGCUUUUCCCAUGGAGCUCCAUCUGAUCCACUGGAAUUCCACCCUGUUUGGCAGCAUCGAUGAGGCUGUGGGGAAGCCACAUGGCAUUGCCAUCAUCGCCUUGUUUGUUCAGAUAGGGAAGGAGCACGUUGGCCUGAAGGCAGUGACUGAGAUUCUUCAAGAUAUUCAGUAUAAGGGAAAAUCCAAAACAAUACCUUGCUUUAAUCCAAACACUUUACUACCAGAUCCUCUGCUGCGGGAUUACUGGGUGUACGAAGGCUCUCUUACUAUCCCACCUUGCAGUGAAGGUGUUACCUGGAUAUUAUUCCGAUAUCCUUUAACUAUAUCCCAGAUGCAGAUAGAAGAAUUUCGAAGGCUGCGGACACAUGUUAAAGGGGCAGAACUUGUGGAAGGCUGUGAUGGAAUUUUGGGAGACAACUUUCGACCCACUCAGCCCCUUAGUGACAGAGUCAUCAGAGCCGCAUUUCAAUAGCCAGAGGGAACAGGAACAAGUUCAUCUUCAUCAGGGUAUG